UGCUUGCUCGUUCCAUGCACUAUGAUGGCUGCCAACGAGCUCGAAUCGGUACCCCCAGCGCUCUUCAAAGAGACAUUCUCGCAUAUACCGACCUCGUCGGACGAUUUCUCGGAUGACAUCGACGAGUUUGAUGACUCCCGACUACCGCCAGUUGACGGAGGAUAUCAAGCAUGGCUGUUUCUGGCGGCUUGUUUCAUGGUGGAAGGUAUAGAUUCGCACAAUCAUUUGGGGUCUUUGAAAACUAUUAUCGAACCCAUGAGCCUUUUUCGGACUCGACGGAGAUUGCGUCCAUUGGGACCUGCGCAAUGGUCAGAUUUUAUCUUUCGUGGCCUGGCUUACCUGCCCACACCCAUCGUUAUCGCCGUCAUGUUUGCAUUCCCCCGAGCUCGACGCUGGUUUUCGACCGCGGGAUUCGUCCUCAUGUGUCUCGCGCUGGGCCUGAGUUCGUUCUCGACAAGCGUCACCCACUUGAUCAUGUCGCAGGGCGUCGCAUACGGGAUCGGGGGAUGUCUAGCCUACACGCCAUCCAUCCUCUUCCUAUCCGACUGGUUCGUCGAGAAGAAAGGCCUCGCCUUCGGCAUCGUCUGGAGCGGCUCUGGCCUGACAGGCAUCCUCUUCCCGCUCAUCCUCCAAACCCUCCUCAACCGGUACGGCUGGCAAACGACCCUCCGCGCCUGUUCCAUCGCGCUCUUCCUCCUCGCCGCCCCCUUCAUGACCUUCCACAAGCCCCGCAUCCCCAUCCGCCACUCGCACCUCCGUCAGCUCAGCCUCCGCUUCCUCUGGGACAAAGUCUACCUGAUCUACCAGCUCGGCAACACAAUGCAAGCCAUCGGCUUCUGGAUCCCCUCCAUCUUUUUAACGUCCUACGCCCGCACCCUCGGCGCAAGCGACUUCCUCGCCUCCCUCACCGUCACCCUCUUCAACCUCAUGACCGUCUUCGGCUGCAUCUUCACCGGCUACCUCGCUGACCGGCACCACGUCACGAAAUGCAUCCUGCUUUCCUCGGCGGGGGCUGUCGCUUCGGUUUUCUUGCUGUGGGGGUUAGCGAACCACAUAGCGACGUUGUACAUUUUCUGUAUUGUUUGGUCGGCACUGUCGCACGAGGUGCAGAAGAGUGAGCGCUCGGCGCAUACGGGGCGCGGGGUCGGGAAUGUGGUUAGUGGGCCGUUGAGCGAGGCGCUGCUGAAAGUCGGUGGGUGGAAGGCGGAGGAGGCGUUUGGGGCGUAUGGGUCUGAGUAUGGGGUGUUGGUGGUGUUGACCGGGGUGACGGCGUUUCUGGGGGGUUUGCGUCCAUGGCGAGGAUGUUUCGGUGGAUUUAAUCUUGGCAAAAUGUACUAUACUAAAAGAUGCAUGCGUUUGUACGGAGUAGUGGUGAUGGAUAGAUAG